AAUGUCCACGCGAAAGAAAGAAAAAAAAAGAAUAAGUGCCAAGCUGAUCCAUUAACAGGCCAGUCCCGAUUUGAAGCUCCGGCAGCGCGUGUGAUAAACUUAUCCAAUAGCUUUAGUCGCGUGGUCGAGCCCGUGCCAUCGUGCGUCGGAGCGUCGACAACGAGUUCGCGGUUGCCGUCCAGAGCAAAAGAUAAAGGCCACCACUGCCGCCUCCGCCUCCGCCGCCGCCACCAUCGACAAACGGAAACUUCGGCAGUCCAUGCGAUGUGUCAUUGAUUUUUAAAUCACUGUUGACAGUGUCGGUGGAUCGGUACAACGUGCUUCGCGCUCCCGUUUCUCAUCCCGUUCGAAGCGUACGACAAAGGAAAAAAUGGCAUUAGAGGAGGAGAAGAUGGUCAGGAAAGUGGAGCUGAAGAGAGAGCUGGGGCUCUUCAGCGCGGUCAGCAUCAUUUUAGCGGUGAUGAUAGGUUCUGGCAUUUUCGUGUCACCAACUAGCGCUUUUGAACGAUCAGGAUCUGUGGGAUUUUGCUUGGUCGUUUGGAUCAGCUGCGGCGUGCUGUCUCUGUUGGGCGCGUUGGCCUUCGCCGAAUUAAGUACCGUGGUACCACGUUCCGGCGCCGAAUAUGCAUACUUCAUAGAAGCCUUUGGCCCGUUACACCCUUACGCCGGUCCGAUACCGGCGUUUAUUUGUUCCUGGAUUUACGUAAUGUUGCUACGACCGGCGGAAGUAGCAGUAAUCAUAUUGACUUUUGCGGAAUACAGCGUAGAGCCAUUUUCCGGAUACUUUUGCAAUCUAUCCGGUGAAAACAUGGCAAAUUUAAAGAAGCUCAUAGCGAUUAUAACAUUGGGUUUGAUAACAUACAUCAAUCUUAUUAGUGUCAAGCUCUAUGUAAAACUGCAGAACGUGUUCACUGUAUGCAAAAUAGUCGCUUGUGCAGUGGUAAUCGGUGGUGGGAUAUGGUGGCUAGGCACAGGUCAUGUGAAACUCCUCAAUAAUCCUUUUCACGGCACUACCACUUCGGCCGGUAAUAUUGCCCUGGCUUUCUACAGUGGUCUUUGGGCAUACGACGGAUGGACCUCGGCCGCGGUCGUUACUGAAGAAAUCCAGAAACCCGAAGUCAAUAUCUUCCGGAGCACGCUAAUCGCGGUACCUACCAUCACCGUUCUAUAUGUAUCCAUGAAUUUGAUGUACAUGGCAGCGUUGACGAUGUCCGAGAUGAAGAACGCGCCGGCGGUAGCGGUUCUUUGGGCUGAGCGAGUUCUGCCACCUUGGAUGGGCUUCGCGAUACCGCUCGGUGUAGCGUUGUCGACCUUUGGAUGUGCUCUUAGCAUUCAAUUCAGCGUAUCCAGGCUGUGCUUUGUCGCUGGCAGAGAGGGCCACGUGCCACGAGUCUUCAGUUAUGUGCACAUGGAAAAGAUGACUCCGGCCACGGCAGUGGUUUUUCAGGGUAUACUCUCGCUAGCAUGCCUAUUGCUAGGUAAUAUAAUUGCCCUGAUCGAAUUCGCCAGUUUCCUCAUGUGGGUGUUCUACGGACUAGCGAUGAUAUCGCUCUUAAUUAUGCGACGGACCAAACCGGAUGCUCCCAGACCGUAUACCGUUCCUAUCGUGAUACCUUGGGUGGUAUUGGCUGUCUCCAUUUUUCUUGCAGUGCUUCCGAUAGUUUACGAGCCAUCGAUAAAAUAUCUCUUUGCACUCAUAUUCAUCUUCUGCGGUAUUAUCGUGUACCAUGUAUUUGUGUAUAAGAAGAUAAGCAAUACUUUAUCAGCCAAGCUGACAUACUUCCUGCAAGCGUUAUGUCUAAUUGUCGCUCCAGACGAAAAGGAAGACUGAUUGCAUAUUUUUUUUUAUCUAUCGUUGUACAUAUACAUACAUACAUACAUACAUACAUACAUACAUACAUGCAUGCAUGCAUGCAUGAAUACAUAGAUACAUAAUAAUUGCUCAUAAUGCAUUCUUUGUGUUACAUACGCAUUUCGUAAUUCACAAAAAAUAGCACUAUUUUAUACUAGGUAUCUUUUAGUAAAAUAAAUUGAAAAUUAAGUACUUGUAAUAGGUAUAAAAAGAAUCACUAAUGUGCCUUAUAUUCAAUUAUAUAAAGUAACUGAUGAAUUUCUCUAUAGAAUUAUUUAUAUAUAUUAUUUUGUAUUUUAAGAAUGUGAUUUAAAGUAUUCUAUAUAGAACAUAUCACGAAGGAUGUAAAAGUAAUAUAACAGAGUUAGGAAAUAUAAUUCUGUAUUAUAAUAGUAUGAUAUUAUAAUAUUUUAUUAUUAAAUUACUUUUUAGAUAUUAAAUAUCGGAACGACGGAAAUAAUGCGUCCAUUGCAAUAUACUCUGUUUUAUAUACAAUGUCAUAUUUAUGUCACCUUUAUAUUUAUUAUACUACUCAGAGAUUUAUUAUACUUAACAUUAUUUUACUAUAAUUAAAAUAAUAUUUUGACAAUAUAAAAUUGUAAUUGAUAUCCCAUUUAAACUUUUUAUAACUUUUUCUUCAGCAGGGCACUAAAAUAUCCAGUAAAAUUAUUAUUUAAAUUUUUAUAUAAUUAAUGAUAAUUUUAUAUAAAUAGAAUAAGAUGGAUAUACAUACAAUUUAUAGAAUACAUAAUUUCACAUAAAAUAUCAAAAAUAUUACAUACGUAAAAGCUAUUUUUCAUUCUCCUCAAUCUUUCCUAUAGCCGACUGAAUAAAGUUUUCAUCCAUAGUAAUG